CCCCCCCCCCCCCCGAUUUCAGUUUCUUUUGUUCUCUUUGAUUCUUCGUCGGAAGCUGUAACCGUUGAAGGAAGCGACGUCGUUUAGCCACCGCAGGGCCUCCUACUCCUACCAAUUGGACUUGCUGCACAAGACGAAAAUGAGUAAGUAUGGGUUGAACCUAAGGCCGCAGCAGAAGAAGCAGCCCACUAGGCUUCCUCUUUCUAAACCUGCCGGUUUUGGUGAUGAUGAUGACAAUGAUGUUGAGAGAGAAAUUUCUCGACAUGCUACCAAGAACAAGUCAGUCAGGGAUAUUGAGGAGCAGAAGAAAAAAGCACUGGAGCAGGACCCAUCAGUGUUUGACUAUGAUGGUGUUUAUGAUGAUAUGAAACAGAAAGCCAUACAACCUCGUGCGCAAGAACAAGUAGAGAGAAAGCCAAGAUAUAUUCAGCAUAUAAUGAAAAAAGCAGAAGAACGGAAUCGAGAACAAGAGAUAGUUUUUGAAAGAAAGCUUGCAAAAGAGCGAAGUCAAGAAGAUCACCUAUAUGCAGAUAAGGAUAAAUUUGUCACAAAGGCUUACAAAAAGAAACUUGCAGAAAAUGCAAAAUGGAUGGAGGAAGAACGACUUCGUGAACUACGGGAGGAGAAAGAUGAUGUUACUAAGAAGACAGAUCUGAGUGAAUUUUAUUUCAACCUUCAAAAAAAUGUUGCUUUUGGUGCAGAAGACGCCAAGUUAAGGAAAGAGAAGCAGGCUGAAUUAAUAAAGGUAGAGAACCCGGCUGAAAUAAAGGUUCAGAACCCGGCUGAAGUAGUCCAGUCGGAACAGGUGGAUUUAAUGAAGCCAGUAAAACUUGAACAGGGAGAAGUUGUUGGAUCACCAAGGGUGAGGGAGGGGGAUGAAGGUGAAGAUACAACUAUGUCCGAAACUGUUGAACCCUCUGAGGAGAAGCCAGCUUCAAACACAUCAACUGUGGAAAAAUUGGCAGCUGAACUGCAGCCAGCAGAUCAACCAAAGGUUAAUCAUCAUAAAAGAGGUGAAGAUGCGGUGGCUGCUGCAAAGGAGCGCUUUUUAGCUCGAAAGAGAGCAAAAGAACAACAGAAAUAUUAUGAAAACUAAUAUAGGUGUUCCUCGUUCAAUUUAUUUGGUUUCAUUAUUCUCCUAGCAUACACUAGGUCUUGUGAUGUUUGGUGUCUGGUGCUUGUGUUUCCAAAAUUCACCAUGGUACUGGAGCAUGUUGGACAGUGAAAUUUGGCAUAUGUUCAAUCAAUUCUAUAUUAUAAUCAAAUCAUGCACACGCCAAUUUGUACU